AUGCACGCGAACACCGGCGAGAACGACGAUAAUCGUAACAACGAAACGAUCGACAUCCUUACGAAAAUGCAGAAGUAUUACGAGGACACCGAGGAUAACUGGCGUGCCAUAGGGUACAGAAAAGCCAUCACCUCUUUGAAGAAAGGGAAGACUUUCAUUGCAACAGCUGAGCAAGCGUCGAAAUUACCGGGUGUUGGUACGAGGAUUGCGGAGAAGAUCGAAGAAAUUGUGGCCACCGGAAGACUUCAAAGGCUUGAGUCAACAGACAACCCAGAUGACAAUGCCAAAAGGCUUCUCACAGGUAUCUAUGGCGUUGGCCCGGUACAGGCUCAGAAAUGGGUGCAAGCCGGCAUCAAGACGUUACAAGAUGUCCUUGAUAGGGGUAAGCCUACGUACGACCAGAAGGUUGGGAUCAAGCACUACGACGAGCUGAACGAGAAGAUGCCCCGGUGGGAAGCAGCUGCAAUUUCACGUCUUGUCAUUGACGAAGCUCGGGCAAUCGAUCCAGGACUGGAGCUGCAUACCAUGGGGUCGUUCCGUCGAGGAGCAGAGAAAUGUGGAGAUGUCGAUAUUAUCAUCACGAAACCCAAUGUUCAGAUCACCGAGCUUCGCGGUGUUCUUACGAAACUCACGAAAAGACUGAGGAUCCGCAAAGUCAUCACUCACGAUCUCGCCGUGGCGCACAACACGGAUGGAAGCAAGUGGAUGGGUAUUGCGAAGCGAACAGAUCCCGACGCAAAGCACAGGAGGCUGGAUAUACUGCUCGUUCCGUGGCAAGAACUUGGCGCUGCACUGCUGUAUUUUACGGGUAAUGACAUCUUCAACCGAUCGAUGAGAUUGCUGGCCAAGAAAAGGGGAAUGCGGUUAAAUCAGCAUGGACUGUUUCGAGAUGGCGAGCUGGUUGUCAGCGAAACGGAGGAGCAGAUCUUUGAUGCAUUAGGCGUGCCAUUCCGGCCAUCACACGAAAGAAUACCAUAA